AUGGGACAACUAAAGAGCAAAAUUUUGCACCAAACUGGAGGAGAAGAUAUUGACAAUUUAAAAGAAGAUCCUGACGAUCAGUGGUCGAAUUUAUAUCGUGAACGUAAAAAGAAUCACCUUUACAAAUGGGUUGGCAUGCGCAGUGGUGGUGAACUGUUGGCUGCUUUUGAAAAGGAAGGUGAAGAUGGAGUUUUAAAGUUUGCGAACGAAAAGCUUAUUUCAAUGAUGUAUGAUGAUGGUGCAUCACCGCAAAUGAUUCGUUUUACAGACUAUGCAAAAUGGAAAAAGACAACUAAUGUGCAGCUGGGUAAAACAGAAUCAAACUCUGUUGGCCAAUUUGGUAGCAAAUUCCGUGAACAUCUUGGUCAGUGGAGGUUGAACAAACGUGGUGUGGAAGGUGAGACGAUAAUACACCUUUUGCUGAAUCGUGAGGAACCAAUGUGUAGUGAAAUUGCUAGAAUUUUAAUAACACGUUAUCCAGGCCUUGCUAAUGAUAUUUACCUCGGCGACGAAAUGUUCGGUCAAAGUGCACUGCAUUUAGCAAUUGUUCAUGAUGAUUAUGAAACUGUUCAUUUAUUACUGCAAAACUCAGCAGAAGUGAAUGCCCGGGCUUGCGGGACAUUUUUUCUACCUGAGAAUCAAAAGACAUCUCGCAAAUCAACUGAUUACCAAGGAUAUGCCUAUUAUGGCGAAUAUCCGUUAGCAUUUGCUGCUUGUUUUGGCAAUAAAGAUAUCUAUGAUUUACUGAUACAAUAUGGCGCUGAUCCAAAUCUACAAGAUAUGUUCGGCAACACCAUUCUACAUAUGUGUGUCAUCAACUAUAGCAAUUCAAUGUACAGUUAUGCAGUAAGGCAUUGGGCGAAACCCGCUGAUCCAAACAUUGUAAAUGCAGCUGGUCUGACACCAUUGACGCUUGCAACAAAACUUGGACGAAAGGAUAUCUUUGAGGAAAUGCUGGAGUUGAUGAAAGUCGAGUUUUGGAGAUUCAGUGAUAUGACGUGUAGUGCAUAUCCUCUUACAGCUUUGGAUACUAUUCGCCCCGAUGGCUCAACAAAUUAUGAUUCAGCGUUGAUGACUGUGAUAAAUGGUAGUACCAGUGAACAUUUAGAUAUGAUUGGUAGCGAAGUGAUCCAACGACUUCUUGCUGACAAAUGGAAAGCUUUUGCAUCAAGAAAAUUAUUUGAAAGGCUUGGAUUGCUCAUUUUACAUCUCAUAUUUUUAUGUUUUGUUGUUUAUAUGCGGCCGUCUGAACCGGAGCGACUUAUGUAUAAAUUAAUUGCAACAGAAUGGAAUGAUUGGGUGCGGUUAUGCUUUGAAAUUCUAACGAUAGCCAGUUGUGUGUUCUUCGUUUUCUUUCAACAGUUUAGCGAACUAAGAACGCAGGGAUUUUAUGGAUAUAUCAGAAAUCUGAAAACGGCUCCAGCUAAAAUUGUAUUUCUUGGUGCCAAUAUAUGUAUUCUUAUAUGUGUACCCUUUCGUAUAUCGGGCAAUGUUCAAGUUGAAGAAGCUUUAUUAGUCUUUUCAUUACCGGGUUCUUGGAUAUUUUUCCUUUUCUUUGCCAGAAGUGCCAAAUUAACGGGACCAUUUGUGCAAAUGAUUUAUAGUAUGAUUGCUGGCGAUAUGAUUCGCUUUGCUAUCAUUUCCGCUAUAUUUCUUGUCUCAUUUUCGCAAGUAUUUUAUUUUCUGGGAAAGGAUAUGCACGUGAAGCAAGAGCUCAAUCCGCUGAAUCCAGACUACUGCGAAGUGAAAGGCUAUGAUAUCUUCACGUAUUCCUCAUUUCUAGAAACAUUUAUUACACUGUUUCGUGCUAGCAUGGGUGGCUACGAUUAUGAGGAAUUUUCUUGCGCUAAUUACGAAGUGUUAACAAAAAUAUUAUUCGUACUUUAUAUGUUUAUAAUGCCGAUCAUGUUGAUUAAUAUACUGAUCGCCAUGAUGGGUAAUACUUAUACAACAGUCAUCGCACAAGCUGAAAAAGCUUGGAGGCAACAGUACGCGCAAAUUGUAAUGGUAUUGGAAAGAUCGGUGAAAAAGGAAAAAUUAGCAGCAUGUCAAUUAGAGUAUAGUAUUAGACUUAAUGAAGCUAAUGAUGCUGGUAUGGAAAUACGUGGUCUAAUGGUCAUCAAACAGACAAAGAAAACUCGAGCAAGACAAAGGAAGCAAGCUAUCACUAACUGGAAGACAAUUGGUCGAAAAGUAAUUCAUACUGUGGAAAGGUUGGGUGUUGGUUAUGCACAGGAAUUACUUCAUUCAUACAACUGUUUAAUUGAUGAACCAGCUGGUGCUGUAAUACUUAGACGAGAUACUGUAUUUCCACCACCAACAAGGUCUAUGACAAGAUCACGAGCUCAUGAAACCUCAACAAAUACGCAAAAUGAAGAAAAAAUCGAACAUUUAAAUAAUAUCUCAAUCGAGAAAGAAAUAAUCGUAAAUAAUUGCUCCAACCAAACGUCUCUCCAAUGUCAGUCACCGCGAGAUUUUAGUGAGUAUUCAAUAUACGUAGACAAAUAUCACUCACUAUAUAUUAUGAUAAGUUAUAUUAACAUGCAGUAA